AAUUUAGUUUUAUUCAUAGGCAUUGAUCGGAAACUCCUUCACGAUAGAAAUUUUCGAUCCAAUUUGCCUCACCCCUGCAAAUAGGAAAAACGUGGUUCCAGAAUCAAAACAUAAACAAGGAAUCACAAGAGGCAAGUUGGUUCCAACAUGGAGAAACCAAUGUAUAAUCCGGAGACUGCAAGGAUUUAUUAUUUUCGGUAUAUGCGAGAGUACAGAGCAGUGUGCGUUCUAUGGGCUUUAUUGACAAUUAUUUGGUGCAUUCUGAAUGUGGUUGCAUUCAUUCAACCUCACUGGAUCGGGGACACAGACGAUGAUAGGACUGGCUAUGGACAUAUUGGAGUAUUUCAAUAUUGUAAACCGGACUCUGCAUACCAAAGAUAUGUGUGUGAUGGAUCUUUUACAAGUUUCAAUUCCAUUUUGAACGACGCCUUUAGAGCAACUACUUUUUUCUGUGGAGUAUCAGCUUUAUUGAUGCUAAUUGUUGUCGCAGCAUUGCUAUUGUUCUUUUGCUUUAAGAAAACGAUCGUUUUCUAUCUCUGUGGUAUUCUAGAAUUAAUAUCAGCUGUUUUUAUGUUCCUUGCAUGUGUGAUAUUUCCGAGUGGUUGGGACCAUCAAGAAGUACGGAACUUGUGUGGUAGCACAGCGGACCAGUAUAAACUGGGAUACUGUGGUGUACGGUGGGGAUACAUCUUGGCCAUAUUGGGUAUAUUUGAUGCUGCUCUCUUAGCAAUACUAGCAUUUGUGCUGGCUUCUAAACGAGAAGAGUUCCCAAAAGAUAGUUAUGUAACUGGUACUGUAAAUAAAUCUGAAUUAGAAGGCUAUAACGUAGACACUAUGUCCAAGAGAUCCAUACCUAUACAACCUGUCGUAACAGUACCUGGGGGAGAUGAUCGACAUGAAAGGUUUUCAGAGUAUUCACAAUCACAGUUUUCACGGAGACCAGGACAUAAUAAUUUCCAGUUGUGAGAAAAAAAAAGUGUCUAUUAAAAAUCAAAUAUAUGGUCAUCAAAAUUACCGUUAACUAUCAUAAACUAGCUUUCUAUAGAAAAGAAGCAAUAGCAUUAAAGGUGAUCUUACAUGUACAUGUAUUCAAGCAUUAUAGUAGUUCCAUUUACACAUACCCGUAUGUACAACGACGAGUACAUGUAGACAAUAGUGCGAUAAACAUUAAAUUCACAAAGGAUUAUAUUGGAAAACUUCAUAGAAUUUGUGGUGUUUGUCAAAGUUGUUCAUAUAACAUUUUGUAAUUUAUUUUCCAGCAAAGAGUGCUACUUUUUGGGAUUAGGUUGUCGCAAUAUCGUCAAUUUUGUCAGUGCUGUCUACUGACACAUAACACACUUUUUUUCUAUUCAGGAUUAUUGGACUAUUGUGUACUUUUAAAACUUUACUCUUUACUGACGACACUUUGAAUCAACUUUGACCUUUACUAUAAAAUGUCUCAUUUAUUAUACCAUAUACAUGGACUAUAAUCAGUUUUUGUAGGGUUGAGAAAAUGUCUUUCGUUGUCUUAGCUUGAAAUGUAUUGCAGGUUUGAAUGUAUAUUUACAUAUGUUAUUAAUUAUACAUGUAUAUAAGUAAAACUAUAGUUUUCAAAAAGUUAAUUGUAUAUUGAAAACUUGUCUCAGAAGAAAUGCAAGGAACUUAUACCUACAUAUUCUUCAAAUUUCCAUUUCGAAAAAUUGACAAAAAUUCAUUAUGAUCAUGUGAUAUCUUGCCAAUAUGAUUCGGCUACUGUUGGGCGAAUCUUCUUCACAUUAAUUUCAGGUAAAGUGAAUCUCAUUCACGCUUAUGUAAGACUUGGUAAAACCAGAGUAAGUUCAACGCUUACGUGAAUCGUGAAAGUUUUAGUAGGUCUGUGCUCGAUUCAUCCAAUUAUUUUACACGACUGGGAUUAUUGAAACAAAGACAUAUCCUGAUUCUACUACCGCUGGUGUUGAAUCUCUGCCAUUAUACGUUUUGUUAAUAUAUAUAUGCAUAUUAUGUGAUGAUGUGAUGAAGAACUAUAUUUUAUAAAAUUUAUAGAAUUUGU